AAUAGUCAUCCAAAGCCUUUGUAGUCAAUUAUAAGUUUCAAGUGUUAAGUUUCGGACCUAGUUUGAAUUCCCAUUAAGAGUUUUAAAUUAGUUUAAUGGGACACUGAGAUAUUUGUAAAUGAUGAGAGCUUGUUUGUAUAGCCUGUUCAUAUUCAAGUUUUCCAACCCCCUACCCCAACUGAUGUAACAUGCUCAGAGCCUGUGAAGAGUAUGUGUGUUAUAGUGUUAUAUGCCACAUUGCAUAGAUUUUUUUAAAUUAUAUUUUUUCCGCCUUGCAUAGAAUUGCUGUGAUGUCAACCAGUAUUACACACUACACAUAACUUUGGGUUUGAUUUGAUGGGGAUUUGCAGUUGGUUAGAAUAAAACCUCAUUCCCUUUUUUUUUUUCUUUGAUAAAGAUUUAUGUGGGGGAAUUUAGCUCAGAGAUAUUUUUUGUGUCGUUCAUACAUACUGUAUGUAUCUUUAAAACAAAAACAAAAAAAAGUUGAGCUGAUGUUGUGUUGUAACAGCUGUUUUCUGGCAUAACUGUUUUUGGGAUAAUUUUGAAAAGACUUUUUAUUAAAGACCGAGUGUUAAUGUUUACUGUGUUUUACAGGCAGUCUCAGUGCCAAUUAAAAACAAAAUUGGUUUUCAGCAUGUCAACUGCGUCCUCUGCUCCACAGCUGUCGUUUUUCCUCCCUAAUGGUCUUCUCGCUCAAUUUAGAUUCCCAAGAAGGCCUCACAGCAACAAGGGCCCACCGGAGCAGUUUAUCAGAGGUCGACAAUACAUCGCAAUCUUACUUCGAAAAGCAAGACCGGAAACGCUCCGUCUCCACACCCGUAAUUGAUGGCUCAGCAAUGUGGUCGUCCAGGGGCCGUCAACACAUGCACAGAUCCGGGAGCGACGCACACCGAUUCCCCCCAACAGAAGGCGGAGGACGACGCAUGACGGAGGGAGUGAACUGAAGAUGGCAUCAGCCAAAGAUUCGGGACAAGGCCAAGAAGAUAGGGACCCGGCUAACCUAAACUUCGACUACAUGUUCAAGCUCCUGAUCAUUGGGAACAGCAGCGUGGGGAAGACGUCAUUCCUUUUCCGCUACACAGACGACUCAUUUACAUCAGCAUUUGUCAGCACAGUGGGCAUCGACUUUAAAGUAAAGACCAUCUACAGAAACAACAAGCGUAUCAAGCUACAGAUCUGGGACACAGCGGGUCAGGAACGCUACCGCACCAUCACCACAGCUUACUACAGAGGAGCCAUGGGCUUCCUUCUUAUAUAUGACAUUACAAGCCAGGAGUCCUUCGUGGCAGUACAAGACUGGGGAACACAAAUCAAGACAUACUCGUGGGAUAAUGCCCAGGUGGUGCUUGUUGGCAAUAAGUUGGACUUGGAGGAAGAAAGGAAGGUCCCCACUGAAGAGGCUCAGAGACUCGCUACAGAGCUAGGAUUCCAGUUCUUUGAGGCCAGCGCGAAAGAAUGCAUCAACGUGAAGCAGGUUUUUGACAAGAUAGUGGAUGUCAUCUGCGAUAAGAUGAACGAAAGCAUCAACAGUGACACCUCACCGUUGGCCAAUCACAAGGCAGCUUUCCUGAAGGACACGCCCGACGGCAUCCAGAGGGGUUGCGCAUGCUGAUGCUGACAGUCAUAAUACUAUGCUUGUCAAGCUAUCCUCCUUAUUUUAAUAUGACUGUUACACUGAAAUGCCAAAGAGCUACUUAGAGAACACGUGCCUUUCGUCUUAUUACUACUUAUUUAUCACUUAUGAGUAUGUGUGAAAGGAGGCACCUGUUGCAGGCAGACACAUGGACCAAACCUGAGAGCAGUAAGGAUCAUAGUUCUUAUGUUAUACUACCCUCUUGUGGUUGUCUUAGAAGUUGCAUAUCUGCCAUGUCAAGAUACUGCGGAAGGUUACUGCUGAAAUUGAAAUGGUUUUGAAAUUAUUAUUGUUUUUUUUUUUUUUUUUUUUUUGUUUUUUUUGGGGGGGGUAAGUAAAUU